AGGGGGCGCUUCCUGUUUGUCUCGGGCCGAGCGGGGCAGCGGCCAUGGCGGCGGUAGGCCCUGGGCCCGGCGGCCGCCGGCGGCGCGGAGCCCCCACCAACAUCCUGGCGCAGCUCCGCCACGGGCAGCUCAGCGGCCGCGGCCUCACGCGGGGGGCGCAGAUCACUGAGGCCUUGUUGAAGGAAAGAGAUAAACAAGCAAAGUGGAAUGGGAUUCCCCUGCUGUUACAAAAGCUGUAUGAGCAUAGCCACCCAAACAGCGAUUUCUCCCAGUGCCAAAGCAUCUUAAAGGAAAUUUCUCCACUUCUUUCAAUGGAAGCCAUGGCAUUCGUGACAGAAGAUAGAAAAGCUGCUCAAGAGUCCACUUUCCCAAAUACAUACACGUUUGACUUAUUUGGAGGAGUUGAUCUUUUAGUCGAAAUUCUCAUGAGACCAACUCUUAUGACACAGAAAAAGAAACAAAAAAUAAGUGAUGACCUCAUCAAGGACUGUUUAAGCAUACUGUACAACACGUGUAUAUGUACGGAAGGAGUCACAAGGCGACUGGCGGAAAGAAAUGACUUUGUGCUCUUCCUGUUUACACUGAUGACAAACAAAAAGACAUUCCUACAAACUGCAACGCUCAUUGAAGAUAUCUUGGGAGUAAAAAAGGAAAUGAUACAACUGGAUGAUAUUCCCAAUCUUGCAAGCCUUGUAUCCAGUUUUGAUCAGCAGCAGCUUGCAAACUUCUGCAGGAUCCUUGCUGUCACAAUUUCUGAACUUGACACAGGAAGCGAUGACAAGCACACGCUUCUUGCAAAAAAUGCCCAGCAGAAAAAAAACUUGGGUCCUUCUCGAGCUGAAGUUAAUCAAGCUACACUUCUGAAUAUACCAGGUUUCAUUGAACGAUUAUGCAAACUGGCAACACGGAAGGUGUCUGAAACAACGGGCACCUCCAGCUUCCUCCAGGAGCUGGAAGAAUGGUACACCUGGCUGGACAAUGCCCUUGUACUUGAUGCACUGAUGAGAGUGGCGAACGAAGAGGCAGAGCAGAGCAGUACAGAGUCUUCUGAUGAAAGUGGUUUGGCCAACACCUCGACACGAACACAGCUUCCGCAGUCUAUGAAGAUCAUGCACGAGAUCAUGUAUAAACUGGAGGUGUUGUAUGUUCUCUGUGUGUUGCUCAUGGGGAGACAAAGGAAUCAGGUUCAUAAAAUGAUAGCAGAGUUCAAACUGAUUCCUGGCCUCAAUAAUUUGUUUGACAAGCUGAUCUGGAGGAAGCAUUCAGCAUCUGCCCUGGUUCUGCAUGGACACAAUCAAAAUUGUGACUGUAGCCCAGAUAUCACUUUAAAGAUACAGUUCCUGAGGCUUCUUCAGAGCUUUAGUGAUCACCAUGAGAACAAAUAUCUCCUUUUAAACAGCCAAGAACUUAAUGAGCUGAGUGCAAUCUCCCAUAAAGCCAACAUCCCUGAAGUUGAUGCAGUUGUCAACACAGACAGGAGUCUUGUCUGUGAUGGGAAAAGAGGUUUGUUGACCAGACUGCUUCAGGUCAUGAAGAAGGAACCAGCUGAAUCUUCCUUCAGGUUUUGGCAAGCGAGAGCAGUUGAAAGUUUUUUGCGAGGCACCACCUCCUAUGCAGACCAGAUGUUCCUGCUGAAGAGAGGGCUCCUGGAGCAUAUUCUCUACUGCAUUGUUGAUAGUGAGUGCAAAUCACGGGACGUGCUUCAGAGUUACUUUGACCUUCUGGGAGAACUGAUGAAAUUCAAUAUUGAUGCAUUCAAGAGGUUCAACAAGUACAUCAACACAGAUGAGAAGUUCCAGAUAUUCUUAAACCAGAUCAACAGUUCGUUGGUGGACUCAAACAUGCUGGUUCGCUGCAUCACGCUGUCCCUGGACCGAUUCGAGAAUCAGUCUGAUGCUAAAGUUGCAGAAGUCCUGUCAGAGUGCCGCCUGUUAACAUACAUGUCCCAGAUGUCCAUGAGAAUGUCCUUCCUUUUCCGUCUCAUUAAUAUUAUUCAUGUACAGACGCUUACACAGGAAAACGUCAGUUGUUUGAACACGAGUUUAGUUAUCCUAAUGCUGGCCCGAAGGAAAGAAAAGCUCCCAUUUUAUCUGCGCACUUUGCAACAGAUGGAAUACACAGAAAAAUAUCCGGGCUUCAUCCUGAACAACUUCCACAGUCUUCUGCGAUUCUGGCAACAGCAUUACCUCAACAAGGAUAAAGACAGCACCUGCUUAGAAAAUAGCUCAUGUAUUAGUUUUACCUACUGGAAAGAGACUGUAUCUAUACUGCUCAGUCCAGACCGGACGUCCCCCUGUGCCAUAGUUAGCUACAUCGACGAGGCGUAUAUGGACAUUGACAGAGACUUUUCUGAGGAGUAAUUCUUCGCUCUGGCUUCUGAUGGACAGCGCUUGGAGGGUACCUCGCAGCCCGUGGAUCUUCAGGGAUACGCUGUGUCGUGUGUGUGCGUGUGCGGCUCGGAACCGUGGGGCGUUACCGCGUUGUCCAAACCCCGCUCCCUAUCUCUGACCUCUGAUGGAUGAGACUUUGAAAGCUCUCUGGGCUCACAUUCAGGGAUGUAUUUUCCAGUUGUUCUGGGAUAAAAAGAAUCACCUGCAAAAAAAGACACACCCCCCCUUUCUUUUUUUUUUUUUUCCCCCCCCUUUUCUCUCUCUAUUUCCCGAUCAAAUGUGGAUGGUCAGAGCGUUUUGAGCUGACAGAUGAGGAUGCUCUGUGUUUGCCAGUUGAGUUAUGGUCCUUUCCCACAGCUACCAGAAUUAGCAAGUCGAAAAGCACAGAAAUUGCCCUCCAAAUGUGAGCUCCAAGGAGCCAGCCUGCUCGGGACCUCGAUGCACCAGCCACAUGCAGAGGCACCGUGAGGGCUCCCUCCGGGUGUAACACUUCUGUUGGGGUUUGGAAUCAGGGGUUUAGGGUUGGUCAGAGUGCGAGUGUGUGUGCGUGCGUGCUUUUAAUUCCUGAGAGCCCUUGCUCCAGUCACCUCUUUCUCAUCUACUUUCGGAUCAGUUGGUACUAAAUCUGUUCAGCCGCUGCCUGUGUUAGGAGAGAAGCUCUGCUCCUGCUCUCUUUCCUGCAGAUCCCCCCCUCCCGAAGGUGUUCUACAACGCUGCGGAGAACAGAGACAUUUCAGAGGUGGAAUUGCAACAGGCGUUGGCUUUUUCACAGAGCACUAGCAUUAAAAUGUACUAAUUUUUUUUAAACUUGGGGCUUGUCCCUUCUUGGGUAACUAAUCUGGUUUUAAAAUCCUUUUCAGGACCGUUGCUCUCGAUGCUAACCUGCAAUGCCUCGAAGUCUUACUCAGUCUCUGCUUUCAGUCCUUAAUAUCAACACACACAUAAAUCUUAAGUGCAAUAUUUAGUGGAGACGCCAGUUGUUCCUGGAUCUGUUUUAAUCAGAACACGUUAAAUGCUGGGAAUAAACACUCCUAGUUGAAAAUAACUUUGCAGGAGAUGUUGGGAAAGGGGAAAAGCAGGUUUUGGCAGCCACAAUUCAUCAUGGCCAGACCUGUGCACACCCUGCCUGCUCCCCAGCGUUAAUUGUGUUGCUCCAAGAAGGUCAGAUUCCCAGGAGUGAAAUACGGUCUGAAAUCCUGCGCCGCUGCAUUGAAGUCAAAACAUCUGCAUCUUGCAGCUCCAGCUAAAAGGAAACCGUUUUUCUUUUCUGAAACGCGCAUCUGAAUUUUUAAAGAAAUCUUUUAACUCACUGAGACAAUUUGACGUUGGCUCUCUCCAGGGCCCGGGGUAAGGAUGUCCCUGAGCCGUGGCGUUUUGUCUCUAACCCUUGGCAGCAGAAUGGAGCCCGCUCGGAGAGAUCCCUGCCCUGGGUCCUGGCUGAGAGGACGAGGCUUCCAGCCCCUGUGCAGGACUUGCUCUCUGAAGUCACCCUUUGCUUAUCUCAGACUUGUGUGUCCUGCUCCAACGUGCAGGCAGGGCUUUGCCUGCAGGGCGGUCAGAGCUGCUGAGCUUCUGUGUGAGCCUGGAGGCCGGCAGGAGCUCCUGGGGCCUUCGGUCCUGCCCUGGGACGAGCCCUGGGCAGGCUGUGCCCAGCUCCAGUGUGCUGGGGAGCUCCUCGCUAUGGCAGCUGCACCUCUGCUCUUCAUCAGCUCCCCCUCACCCUGUGCCCUCCCUCCCCCAGCUCAUUUCUUUCUCAUCUGUACUUUUUUUUGUUCUUCGGUAUUUGUGUUUUUGGUGUAUCUAUCUUUGCUUCUUCUUAACUGUAAUAGAUGUACACUUAAAAUAAAUGCUUCAAAUUAAAAGGCUUUUAAGUUAACUA